AGGAAACCCAAAAAACCGAAUCACAAUGACAAUAUCGGAAGCUUUUAAGGAUCAGGAGAUCUUUGUCACAGGCGCCUCGGGCUUUGUGGGCAAGGCCCUGAUCGAAAAGCUAUUGCGCUCCUGUCCAAAACUGGGCCGGAUUUACGUGCUGAUGCGGCCCAAAAAGGGGCAUUCCAUUGAGGAGCGACUGCAGCUUCAGUGGGAGACGAGGCUUUACGAACGCCUGCGAAGGGAACAGCCCGAUGCCCGAUCCAAAUUGGUGCCCAUAGCCGGGGACGUGGAGCAGUUGGGCCUGGGAAUUAGUAAAGCCGAUCUUCAGCGGCUGCGUAAUGUGAACAUUGUCUAUCACUCGGCAGCCAGUGUGCGUUUCGAUGAUGCCUUGCGCACCGCCAUUCUCUUGAAUACCCGUGGCACCCACGAACUGGUCAAGUUGGCCUUGGAGUGGCGCAAACUCAAGGCCUUCGUCCAUGUGUCCACCACGUACUCGAAUCCUGGAGUUUUGGAGGUGGAGGAACGUGUCUAUCCGCCGCUGGCCGAUUGGCGUACCACCAUCAAAUUGGCGGAGACCUAUGACGAGGAGAUUCUCAAUAUCUUUAAUCUCAAAUACGGAAAUUUCCAGCCGAAUACGUACACCUUUACCAAAAGUCUGGCCGAACAGGUGGCUAAUGAUUACAGGGAUAAGCUGCCCAUCUUCAUCUUCAGGCCUUCAAUUGUGGUCUCUACGAUUGAGGAACCCAUGCCCGGCUGGGCGGACAACUUUAAUGGACCCACUGGACUUUUGGUGGCCUGCGGCGUGGGAAUUCUCCGCUCCCAAAAUUGUGAUCCCAAUAUUGUGGCUGAUUUCGUGCCCGCCGAUAUUGUGGCCCGCACUUUGAUCACUUCGGUGUACAAAUUUAUGGGUGAAAAAUCGAAAUCAAAAGCUAAGGAACUGUACGUGGUUAACUGUGCCACGGCGAAUAUUGCGCCGAUUACCAUGGGCGAGGUGAUCGAGAUUGGGAAGACGUUUAUAAGGAAGAAUCCCUUCGAGAAGACUCUUUGGCUGCCCGGCGGUGGAAUGACAACCUGUCCGGUUCUUCACUUUGUGAGGUUCUGCACCAUGCACCUUCUGAUGGCUGUCGUUGUGGACACACUGCUCCGUCUCUAUAAUGAAAAGCCCUUCCUCAUGAAGCUGCAGCGUCGGAUUUUCGCCGCCUUUAGUGCCUUGCAAGUGUUUGCCAUGACCGAGUGGCAUUUUCAGAAUGACAAUUUCCGAGCAUUGCACGAUAUAGUUCCGGCCAAUGAAGUUUCGACCUUUGGCUUCAUGCAGCACGCAAAAAUCAAUUAUACGGAGUUUUUCCAGCACGGAAUUCGGGGUGCCAAGGAGUUCCUCCUGAAGGAGAGUCCCGAGAGCAGCAGUGCCGCCCGAUUCCGCGUAAAGAUCUUCUACGUUCUCGACUUUUUGUGCCGCGGCAUCGUCUAUAGCUUUUUGCUGCGCCUGAUAUUCCGAUUUUUAGUCAGCCUGUGGUAGCGCAACAUUAAAAAUAGUUUAACACUCUGGCAUUGGUUUAAUUCUGUUUAUUUAAAGGAAUUUACUUGUUAAUUUACAAUUAAAUAUGAAUCAGAAUUUUA